AAUGAUGCAUACACAAACCAGAGACGGAGGGGGAGAGAGAGAGAACGUGGAGAGCUGGAGGGGACAAGAGAGAGAAAGGUGGGGACCCAUCCACCGCCCAUAUGCACGCAGCCUUACCAAAACCAAACCCAUCUAUCUAUCUAUCUAUCUGUGAUCGAUCUAUUCCUCAAUCUAACCCUAACCCAAAUCCAAAAAUAUACUUGCUUACCUUCUCUCUAGCUACCCGAAAAAACACAGUACUUUCCAUCUCUCCCAAGCUCUUACCAACUAAACCAACAUAAACUUAGCUAUAACACUUCUACACAAACACUACAGCUUGUUGAAAGAUCAAUAGAUGGAGAAUCCAGCUCAGGAUUUGAUGGGUUACACCAAAAAUCCACUCAUCUUUCUCCUUUCUGAACCAGCUGGUGAGUGCUAGCUUAUAAUAGCAUCUGGUUCUUCUAAUUACUUGCUUCAUUGGACUAUCAAAAGAAGCCAGAAAAAAAGAAACCACCCCGCCACCCAAUAGUCUUCCGUCCUAUUAUUUUAUCCCCUUUCUUCUUCCACUAGCGGCCCUCUUUCUUGAAUCUUUAGUAUUACUACCUAGCUAGCUAGUGUUUCCAUUUGCUGGGUUUAAUUUUCUAGCUAGCCACUUAUAUUUUUUUCGUAUGUGAACCAUUUCUUUUAGAUAUAUAUUUACUAUUACUAAAAAAGAAAGUCAUAAAGUUAAAAACAAGAAAGACUCUUAUGGAUCCAGUAACGGCUCAUGGCCAUUCUCUUCCACCUCCUUUUCACACACGAGACUUCCAAUUACACCACCAGCAGCAACAGCAGCACCAAUUUCAUCACCAACAACAGCAGAAUUCAGAAGAUGAGCAGAGUGGGAGUAGCAGUGGGCUAAACAAGUCCCUGAAACGAGAGCGAGACGAAAGUAACAAUAGCAUGGGCAACAGAGAAGGCCAAGAACUCAUAACUUCAGGAGAUGGAGAUGGAGAGAUCACAAGAAGACCACGAGGCAGACCUGCCGGAUCCAAGAACAAGCCUAAGCCCCCAAUUAUCAUCACACGGGAUAGCGCAAACGCUCUACGCACUCACUUGAUGGAGGUUGCUGAUGGAUGUGAUAUUGUUGAGAGUGUUGCUACAUUUGCUAGGAGGAGACAACGAGGGGUUUGCAUUAUGAGUGGAACUGGAACGGUAACAAAUGUAACCCUUAGGCAACCAGCUUCACCAGGUGCAAUUGUGACUUUACAUGGUCGAUUUGAGAUAUUGUCACUAGCUGGAUCAUUUUUGCCACCCCCAGCUCCACCCGCAGCUACUGGCUUGACCAUAUAUUUAGCUGGUGGACAAGGGCAAGUUGUGGGUGGGAGUGUUGUUGGUACACUGACUGCUUCAGGUCCAGUUGUGAUUAUGGCAGCCUCAUUUAGCAAUGCUGCUUAUGAGAGGCUCCCUCUAGAAGAGGAGGAUCCACAAAUGCCUAUGCAAGGGGGUGGAAUGGGGUCACCAGGAGGAGUGGGGCAGCAGCAGCAGCAGCCACAGCAACAUCAGGUUAUGGCGGAGCAAAACGCGCAACUAUUUCAUGGAUUGCCUCCUAAUCUUCUCAAUUCUAUUCAAUUACCAGCUGAGGCGUAUUGGGCCACCGGUCGACCACCAUACUAACAAAAGAUAGAUCCAACGCCAUGUCAAUUAGUUCAGUUUCCCACGAUGAUCACUUGCAGCUUACCAAAGAGAUGACAGGCUUUGUAGCUAGGGAAUUUGGGUUGUUACUUGAGCAUUUUCAGGUUUUGUUAUUUCUUUUUUUUUUUCCUUUAGUUGUUGUUACUUUGCAUUUGAUAAUUAGCUUAAUUAUAUGCCUGAUUGAUGAUUGAAGGACUGUAAAUUUUAAGAUCUUUAUUGCUUUUGGGUAUGAUUUCAUGUUAAUAAGUGA